UUUCACAUUUCGUCUAGUCUCUCGCUUUACAAACGACGGCAUAAAUCCAUUAUUAAUUUUGGGGGCUUUCGUUCAUUUCAAAUACACAUACAUAUUAGUAUCGUUGUUAGUAAUAGACGUGGUUGGGCAUUGUCGUUCGCUUGGUCGUCAAGACUUUUUCUCUUCGGGUGUUUAAAUCGAUUAAUUGUGAAAUUCUAGAAAAGUUUUAGCAGCAAAUCUUUUAACAGCAGUUUUUGUAAAGAAAAAAGUGCCGUCGUUUUCGAUGUUGAUAGAGACAACAUAAUACAAAUAAAAAAUUAAAUAUAACAAAAAAACAAACCGAAAAACCGGAAAUCCAUAUUAACGAAUAAAUUUAAUAAUUUUUGAUGUUUGUAUAACCCCUAAAAAUCUGAAAAGUGUGAAAAGUUCUAAAAACACAUAAGAAAAUAGUUCUGUAUCAAAAGAGCAUUCCAAAAUGUUUGGUAGUCCGACUUCGUGGCUUCCUUUGGAUUUUAUUCAGGAGGCUUACACUCUUUAUGAUGAUAAUUUGGAUAAAUUUUUGAAUAAUCUAUGCCCGGAAUGUCAACAAUACGAAUGCGAACAUCAAUACUGCGAGCAAGAACCGUUACAUGGGUUACAAGAAGAAAGAUCAGAAAAGCUAAUGCAUUAUAAUCUGGAGAACGCAAAUCACUCGAAUCAAUUCUAUACCCAAUCGACCCCUACGAAACAGGAAAGUUUUUCCGACUUCGGAUUUCGCAGUACGUGCGGGGUACGUGGGGGGAAAGGGUGUGAGUGCGAGGGGGAGUGCGCUUUCGUUGGCUCGCUGCAGGAUUCCGAGCCGUUGAAUGCGUCAGUCCCCAUUCGACCCGGUAUCCAGCAACAAAAUCAAAUAGUCAAAUCGUCUAGUAAUUAUAUGGCCCAGCAACAGUCCUAUGCGUCGUUUCAGCCCCAACAUCAGUACGAAUGUGAGGAUCAAUCAUACGGCGUAACGGUUUAUCCUCCGCGACACUACCCCGCUCUCGAGGCAGUGCCGGGAAUCACUUACCCAAUGGAACAAGCUCCGCCACAAAAUGAACAUACCCAACAGAUGCGGUUACAAAAAUUUAAACACAACGAGCAUAUCGAGCAUUUGCAACAACAAGGACUACCUGAGCCACAAAAGCUCAUUCAAAACGAGUAUCUGUUAAGUCCUCCAUUCCAACAGCUACAACAAUAUCAAGAACAACAUCAACACUAUGCGCAAGAACAAGUGAGGAAUACGCACGCGAAAUGGCUCAAUCAACAGCCGAUGGCUCAUCCAACAUAUCCCAUGUACAAUUACAACGACCGUUUGCCGCCUGCUCAACCACGUCCUGCCAGCUGCUGCCAGCAAGCGCCAACUGGCGCACCUGGGAUGAACGUUCAGCAGUUGUUGGGACAUGCGCCUUGCCGCGGCAAUGCUCCGUGGUCAUAUUCCUAUUGCUAUGGCGAUGAGCAGAACAAUUACGAACCCUGCCACUUUAUACGAUGCGUUGAUAUAGAAGACUUUCUGAAUAAUGAAAAGCGCAAGGAAAAAUCACGCGACGCGGCUCGUUGCCGUCGUUCACGCGAAACGGAAAUUUUCAGUGAGUUAGCCCAGAUUCUACCGCUUCGCAAAGAGGACGUAAACCAAUUGGACAAGGCAUCUGUAAUGCGCAUAGCCAUAGCCUACUUGAAAGUUCGUGAAAUGCUGCAGUUGUUCCCGAAAAUCCAAGAUAUUAUUGGUGAAUUGAAAUCAGACGAUGAUAUUGAUGAAAACUCCAAUAGUGGCAGUCAAAUUUCUGACUCUUCAGCGAAACAAGCUAAUGAAAAGUUCGAUUUUCUCAAAUACGCCGAGACAAGCCAGUUCAUUAAACAGACCUUAGACGGCUUCCUGCUUGUGCUCUCAAAUGAUGGCGACAUUACCUAUGUUUCGGACAACAUCACUGAUUAUUUGGGCUUAGCAAAGAUUGAUCUACUCGGCCAACAAAUCUGGGAAUACAGCCACCAAUGUGAUCAUGCCGAACUCAAAGACGCACUCAACAAAAAGCGCAGUGGUCGUACUGACAAAAUUAAAGAUGAGAAUAUGAUUGAAGAAGGACUAUCUACAGACCAUCGCGACCUUUUCGUGCGCUUUAAAUGUACAUUAACCAGUCGUGGACGCAGCAUUAACAUAAAAAGUGCUUCUUACAAGGUUAUUCACAUUACUGGCCACCUGGUGGUCAACGCAAGUGGUGAUCGUGUGCUGGUCGCUAUCGGCAGACCAAUACCACAUCCAUCCAACAUCGAAAUUCCACUGGGUAGCACAACGUUCUUGACAAAACAUUCGUUGGAUAUGAAAUUUACAUAUGUGGAUGAGAAAAUGCAAAAUGUUUUCGGCUACAAAGCCGAAGACCUUCUAGACCAAUCUCUCUUUGCCUGCCAUCAUGGAGGGGACUCUGCCAAGUUAAUGGCAACAUUCAAGACCGUAUUGGGCAAAGGCCAAGGCGAGACUUGCCGUUAUAGAUUCCUGGGUAAAUAUGGUGGUUACUGUUGGAUCGUGACACAAGCCACAAUUGUUUAUGACAAACUAAAACCUCAAAGUGUCGUUUGCGUGAAUUACGUUAUAAGGUAA